CAAGAUUUAGUGAAACUCAAGUAGUGCAGUAUCUGAGAUCUAAACAGGCAAAAGACGCGUUUGAAUUUACCCAUAACCAUGACUGUGUCUAUUCUUGAUUAUGGGAGUGGAAAUGUACGCUCCUUAGUCAAUGCCAUACAGCAUCUUGGAUACGACGUUGAAUGGAUUCGAAGUCCCGAAGAAAUUGCAAAAGCUGAGUGCUUGAUUUUUCCCGGCGUGGGUAACUUCGGCUUUGUGUGCGAUUCUUUAGCAAAGGAAGGAUACCUAGAACCAUUGCGUGAAUAUGCACUGUCUGGAAAGCCUUUUAUGGCCGUUUGUGUUGGUAUCCAAGCUUUGUUUGAAGGUUCAGUUGAAGCUCCUGAAUCGAAGGGUCUUGGAAUUUUCCCUGGAUUGGUACAGAAGUUUCAGAGUAAGGACAAAAGUGUCCCUCACGUCGGAUGGAAUUCAUGCGCUGUUCGCUCUAAUACCGAAAAAGAAUUUUAUGGCUUAAGACCUCACGACAAAUUUUACUUUGUCCAUUCCUACAUGAUGCCUGCUGACAAUCUACAACUUCCUAGCGAUUUCCAUGUCGCUACCACCCGCUAUGGCGACGAAAUGUUUGUAGGUGCUAUCUUGAAGAAGAAUUUCCUUGCUACUCAGUUCCACCCAGAGAAGAGUGGUGCUGCUGGUUUACGCUGUAUCAAAGCUUUCUUAUCCGGAAACUAUGAAAAAGCCAUCAGUGGUUUGGAUACUCAAUUGCUAGAAAACUCUAGUGGAGGAUUGACAAAACGUGUCAUUGCCUGCCUUGACGUUCGUUCGAACGAUGCUGGUGACCUCGUUGUUACCAAAGGUGACCAGUACGAUGUUCGCGAGAAAGCCGCUGUCGGUGGUGAAGUUCGCAACCUCGGUAAACCCGUUGAACUGUGCCAACGCUAUUUUGAAGAAGGUGCGGAUGAAGUUGUUUUCUUAAAUAUUACCUCUUUUCGCAAUUGUCCAUUGGUGGAUGCUCCUAUGCUUCAAGUUCUUGCAAAAGCUGCCCAAACCGUUUUCGUUCCUUUGACCGUCGGUGGUGGUAUCCGUGAUGUUGUUGAUCCAGAUGGUACGGUGUACUCUGCCGCUGAAGUAGCAGGCACUUAUUUCCGUUCAGGUGCCGACAAGGUGUCCAUUGGUAGUGAUGCCGUAUAUGCCGCUGAGCAGUUUUAUAGCAAUGACAAAAAAUUGACUGGAACUACUGCUAUUGAAACCAUUUCUGCUGCAUAUGGUUGUCAAGCUGUUGUUAUUUCAAUUGAUCCCAAGCGCCAGUAUGUUAAAAGCCCUGAAGAAACUAAGCAUCAUGCUAUUAAGACUCCUUAUCGCGGUCCAAAUGGCGAAGAAUAUGCUUGGUAUCAAUGUACUGUAAAGGGAGGAAGAGAAUAUCGGGAUAUGGAUGUUGUUGAAUUGGCUAAAGCAUGUGAAGCUAUGGGAGCUGGCGAAGUUCUUUUGAACUGUAUGGAUCAAGAUGGUUCUAAUGCUGGAUAUGAUAUUGAAUUGAUUCGUCUCGUUAAACAAUCCGUCAAGAUUCCUGUUAUUGCCUCCAGCGGUGCAGGUGUUUCUGAGCAUUUCGAGCACGUGUUCAAGGCGACUGAUUGUGAUGCUGCACUUGCUGCCGGCAUCUUUCAUCGUAAGACUUGCAGUAUUGAAAAUGUGAAGGAACACCUUCAAAAGUCAGACGUUCUCGUACGUUUAUAAUACUGAUUACGUGCCACAAUUUUGAAGCCUCUCUUUUUCGUUUUUUCAUUUUUGGUUUAACAUACCGUAGUAGCAUGUACAAAUAGAAGUUGUUUAUUAGAUUAUUAUUUUACAUAUCGAUACAAUUAAGGGUUAUUUAAUCU